AUGGUAGAGGCGUUGGCGGCAGCGACGGAGAGAGAACAAAAAGAGUGGCUGGGAAGGGAAAAUUUUGGGAGGCCUAAUCCCAUACGGACCCUCGACAAAUUCAGGAACAAGGACAAGUUUUGCGCUUACCAUAACGAGGCAAGACAUAACACCUCUGAGUGUUGGGCAUUGAAGGAUGCGAUUAAAGAACAGAUCAGGAAAGGUCGCUUACAUGAUUAUGUGGUGCGGUCGAGGGAUCAACAGCCCCAGCAUCCUGUCCAACCUGAACCUCGCCAAGCUCCCAAGCAAGAUUUGGCACCUGUAGUAAGAACUAUCUUCACUAUUCACGGUGGGCCUCAUAUUGCAGGAACCUUUAAUAGGUCACACGAACAUUAUGUAUGGGAGGCAAGUCACCUCCUACUUGCCGGGUAUGGUGAACAGGGAAUGCCAUCAAAGAAAGCCAAAGCAACCCCCAGUGACAUCGUCUUUUCAGAGGAAGAUACAAGAGAGGUGCAUUGGCCACACAACGACGUUCUUGUGGUCCGAGCUCGAAUUGGAAAAGUUGAAGUGCGAAGGAUCAUGGUUGACACAGGCAGCUCAGUAAAUCUACUAUAUAGAGGAUGCUUCGACCAAAUGGUCCUGGGGUCAGAUCAGCCAAUGGCUUCCCCAGAGUCACUUUAUGGUUUCACCGGAGAUACGGUGACCCCCGCAGGAUGCAUCAGGCUCCCACUUAUAAUUGGGGACUCAGAUCGCCAAGCUACUAUAAUGACGGACUUCUUGAUCAUCGAUUGA